AUGUCAAGAUUGAAAAAAAGUUCAAGAACUGACGAUAGCCAUAUUCCAGGAAAUCAAGAAGGAGCUUUAAGAUAUCUACUUAAUUUUUCAGAUUCUUUAAUAUCUUCUCAAGAAACAGAAGCUGAUACUGAAGAAAUUAUUAGAAUUAAUCCCAAAGAAAUAAUUGAAGUAAAUCAAGAUAUUGGAGAAAGGAACCAUGCUAAACAGAAUUCCAGAGAAAUUGUCGAAAAGAGCUCUACAGGAUCAGAUCAUAAAGUGCGGCAGAGUGAAAGACUAAAGAAUAUACGGAAGGUUAAUUAUGCUGAAAGCUCACGAAAAAAAUUCAAAGCUAUCAAUGAAAAAAUUGGAAUAACAGAAGAAUUAACAGAAUUGAUAAAUCAAAAUGCUGAAUUGAAAAAUCAAAUAAAGAAAUUAAGAAAGGACUUUGAAUUAAUGAAAUCUACUUUGGAAAUUCUAUUAAGACCAAACAACUCUUUGUCGAACUUAGAGACUCAAAAAUUAAUUGACGAAACAUUUUUGAAACUCGAUAAAGAGCUUAAUAAUAUAUAG